AUGAAUAGAGAUCCCGAGCUGAGAAAAAACUUGCAAAACCAACUAGUCGAUUACCAGCGCAAAGGCUAUGCGCACCGGGCAAGCGAAGCAGAAUUGGCUGAUGCUGACAUACGACGAGUGUGGUAUUUACCAUUGGGAGCAGUGACGAAUCCUCGGAAACCAGGCAAGGUUCGUAUGAUUUGGGACGCUCGAGCAGCCGUGAACGGAAUUUCACUAAAUUCAGUGCUGCUGAAGGGUCCGGACCAGCUGACGUCGCUCCCUGGUGUUCUAGUUCGCUUUCGACAAUUUAAGGUGGCCGUCUCCGCGGACAUCAAGGAGAUGUUCCAUCAGGUCUACAUACGCAAAGAGGAUCGCCACUCGCAACGGUUCCUUUGGCGCAGUGAACCAUCUAAUGCUCCAGACGUUUAUCUUAUGGACGUCAUGACGUUCGGGUCAACAUGCUCUCCUGCGUCAGCACAGUUCAUUAAAAAUAAAAAUGCGGAGGAAUUCAGAGAGUUGUACCCCCGAGCAGUCGAAGGAAUUAUACAGAACCACUAUGUGGACGACUCGCUGGAGAGCUAUGAAUCGGUGGAGGAGGCGAUCAAGGUGUCCCAACAAAUGUGCUCCAUCCACAAGCAUGGCGGCUUUGAGCUGAGAAAUUGGCUGUCGAACAGUAGUAAAGUUUUGAGCAGUCUCGGAGAAGUAGCCCCUAGAGAGGAUAAACAGUUGGCAGCAGAUAAGUCGAAGGACUAUGAGCGCGUGCUGGGACUUUUGUGGUUGACAGGCGAGGAUUACUUAAGUUUCUCAACGACGAUGACGCAGGAAAUCGACAAUCUGAUAGACAGCAACGAACCUCCCACUAAGAGACAGAUGUUGAAGUGCCUGAUGUCACUUUUCGACCCUCUAGGUCUGUUGUGCCUCUUUACAGUGCACGGAAAGAUUUUGCUGCAGGACGUGUGGAGAGCUGGAAUCCAAUGGGAUGAGAAAGUGGGCGAUGAUCUGCACAGAAGGUGGAAAAAUUGGACGAAUUUGUUUGCAGACGUUCGUGAGUUGAAAAUUCCACGGUGUUACUUCCCGGACGCUACAAGUGAUCGUUACAGACAGCUACAACUACACAUCUUUGUUGACGCGAGUGAGUCCGCCUACUGCGCUGCUGCCUACUUCCGGACGUUGAAUAACGAUGGAAUUCCUGAAAACGUGCUGGUCACAGCUAAGACCAAAGUCGCCCCGUUGAAGACGCAGUCGGUGCCCCGCUUGGAGUUACUCGCAGCUUGCUUGGGUGCACGUUUGAUGCAGUUCAUCGAGGAAAGCCAUACUGUACGCAUCACGAAAAAGUUUCUGUGGAGUGAUUCUGCCACCGUUCUCUCUUGGUUACGGUCAGAACAUCGUAGAUACCGACAGUUUGUGGCUUGCAAAAUAGGGGAGUUACUGACGAUAACCGACGUGGAAAAUUGGCGCUGGGUUCCAUCGAAGCAGAAUCCCGCAGACAUUGCGACAAAGUGGGGUAAAGGUCCCGACCUAACAGCCGACAGCGUUUGGUUUAAGGGUCCACCUUUUCUACAGCUACCGGAAGCAGAGUGGCCAAUACAAAAAACCCCGGCCCCACCAACCGACGAAGAGCUUCGUCCAUGCUACACCCAUAAAGCGGCAGAGAUUCCCGUACAUCUUAUCAAUCUGGAACGGUUUUCGCGGCUGACCCGAGCCAUCCGGGCAACCGCCUACGUCUAUCGGUUCAUUGCCAACGCAAAGCAAUCCAUAAUGGGACAGGAACGGUCUGUAGGCCCAUUGACGUCGGAAGAGCUACAAAGAGCUGAACAACUACUGGUACGAGAAACACAGUGGCAGUGCUUUCCGGAUGAGAUGGUGUUGUUGUAUCGCAACCUUUCGAAGCCAAAAGAGCAACAGAUCCCGAGGCAUGCGUUUACAGCUCUGGUACUGGAUGACUACCACCGAAAGUAUCUGCACGGUAACUCGGAGACAGUGGUGAACGAGGUACGUCAACGAUACCAUAUCCCACGGCUUAGGACGACAGUAAGCAGUGCUGCAAAAGCGUGUCAAUGGUGUAGAGUCUACAAGUCAUCGCCGAAAACUCCCCGUAUGGCCCCACUCCCGCUGGCGAGAAUGGCAUCAUUUGUAAGACCAUUUACCUACGUUGGCUUAGACUUCUUCGGACCGCUGACAGUGACAAUUGGUAGGAGUAACGCAAAACGGUGGGUGGCCUUGUUCACGUGCCUUACGGUGCGUGCAGUUCACGUGGAAAUCGCGUACAGUCUUUCCACAGAUUCCUGCAUUAAGUGCAUUCGGCGGUUCGUCUGCCGCCGAGGAUAUCCAGCCGAGAUUUAUUCAGACAACGGAACGAAUUUCCAAGGUGCCGCCAAACUACUAAAGGAACAAUGCGACCAGCUAGCCGUUACGUUCACAGGCACUUCUACUAAGUGGAUCUUCAACCCUCCCAGCGCUCCACACAUGGGCGGAGCGUGGGAGCGGAUGGUGCGCUCAGUCAAGACAGCGGUAGAGACGGCGUGCCACAACAAUCUUAAAUUAAACGACGAGGCGUUGGAAACGUUUAUGGUUGAGGCAGAGGCGAUCGUAAACAAGCGACCGCUGACGUACUUACCCAUAGCAUCGGAAGAGGGUGAAGCCCUAACACCAAACCACUUUCUUUUGGGCAACUCCAGUGGUACUCAUCAGCCGGCCGUGGAAGCAACAUCUCAUGCAGACACUCUCCGAUCAUCUUGGAAUCGCAUUCAGUACUACCUGGACAUUUUCUGGCGCAGGUGGACGAAAGAAUAUCUCCCAACGCUGACUAAGCGUCCAAAGUGGUGCGGUGAAACGAAACCGAUAGCGGAAGGCGAUUUAGUGCUGAUAGUCGGUGAAGGCAAGAGGAACGAUUGGAUAAGAGGUCGUAUCGUAGAAGUGGUCAAAGGGGUAGACGGUAGAAUACGGCAAGCAAUCGUACAAACUGCGAGGGGGUUGAUGCGUAGGCCUGUGGCAAAGUUGGCGGUUUUAGAGGUUGGCGAAGGUGGUAAAACGGGACCUGGUGGCCAGUUUUACGGGGGAGAGAAUGUUAAUACUGGCAGCACUUCUGGUCACGCUAAUGUAACGGUAGGCAUCGAUCCGUCAUCGAAACUGUGA